GUUUGUUUUCUCGGUGUAAAUGUUUGACACGACGCCAAAGCGGGUUAUUUUAAGUGUGGUUUGAGUGCUGUCGGCAGAACUGAAGAGUUAAAGUCGAUGUUUUGUCCUCGUUUGUGUCAUUCCUGCACUGAUCUGUUAUAGAUUAGUGCGCUUUUUUUAUGACCGUGGCAGAAUUUUUGGCAUCAUAUGUGCGUUCAAAUUGCGCAGAAAAGCAAACGCCGACGCAUAUCACUUAGCGCACGUCAAGUUACGCUGCAACUGUGUUUUUGUGAUUAAGAAGCUUCGCUUAAAUAUUUUAUUUUAGGGUAUUUUACAGUAAAGCUUAUGUCCUGUUUGUUUUAGAUCGCAUAUCAAUGUCAAAGCAACAAAUGCAAGAAGAGAAAACAUCAAUGCAGGCGGUGUGUGUUGAUGAAUCAGGGAAGCUGGAUGUGAAAUAUAUUCCUCGUCCUGAACCCAAAGAUGGGCAGCUUCUCAUCAGGGUUGCCGCAACCGCUUUAAACCGAGCUGACCUGCUACAGAAAAAGGGUCUUUACCCUUCUCCUCCUGAAGAAAGUGAGAUCUUGGGUCUGGAGGCCAGCGGAGAGAUCGCUGACGUCGGUCCUGGUGUCAAAGGGAAGUGGAAACCUGGAAGUAAAGUGAUGGCCUUACUCGGAGGAGGAGGCUAUGCCGAAUAUGUUGCUGUUCCAGAAGAACACGUUAUGUCUGUCCCAUCAGCCCUCACUCUUUAUCAAGCUGCAGCUCUUCCUGAGGCCUGGCUCACUGCCUACCAACUUUUGCACUUCGUAGCCAAAGUGAAGCCAGACGAGACGGUGCUGAUUCACGCUGGAGCGAGUGGAGUCGGCACCGCUGCCAUUCAGCUGGUUCGCUUGAGCCGUGCCAUUCCAGUGGUAACAGCAGGCACUACUGAAAAGUUAACAUUUACAGAACGCAUGGGAGCGGCUGCAGGAAUCAAUUACAAAGAGGAGGAUUUUUCUGAAAAAGUACUGCAGCUCACUGAAGGCAGGGGAGCUGAUGUAAUCCUGGACUGCGUCGGUGGAUCUUUUUGGGAGAAGAACAUCUGCAGCCUUGCAAUAGACGGACGGUGGGUGCUUUAUGGCAUGUUGGGAGGUAAAAUGGCUGAUGGAGACUUGCUUGGCAAGCUUUUGAGGAAAAGAGGCAGUCUUCUUUGCAGUCUCCUGAGAUCAAGAAGUUUACAGUAUAAAGCAGAGCUGGUCCGGAGUUUCACAGAGCAGGUUUUGCCGCACUUCCGGUCUACAGAUCCUCCCUUGUGGCCUGUGAUAGACAGCAUGUUCAACAUGGAGGAUGCUGAAAUGGCUCAUCAACGUAUGGAGGCUAACAAAAAUAUUGGGAAAAUAAUAAUCAAAAUUGGGAACUUUUGAUCAUACACAAUAAGCAGCAUAGAACGUUGACGCAUGUACACUAGGUUUGCCGACAUGACAAGCACAUUGCAUUAGGGGUAUCUCGAGUUAAAAUCACUUUGCUUUGUCUGCUCUCCAGUGUUGUGUCAUAAUAAAGGCAAAAUGCUCAAAAAAAAAA